CUACAGCAGCGCCACCACCUGCAUCGGCUGACGUACCGCGCAACUGAAAAACGGUCGUCGCCUGCUGCUCAACCACGUAUUCCCGACGCUUCCGACUCUUGCCCUCCUUCUUUGCUUUUCCCUUGGACCAUCCAUCACGCUUCCAUGCUCUGCAUCCAUGUGUAG